UCGGCGGGGCGAGGCCCAGGGCCCGGGCGGGGGUGAUGGAGGAGGCGCUGCUCUCCACCCCCAUCAACCCCAACAACUUCCCCGCCAAGCUGUGGCGGUUGGUGAACAGCCCCCGGUACCGCUCGAUCCGCUGGGAUGGCCGCGGCGAGGGGCUGCUCAUCGACCAGCCGCUCUUCGAGGCUGAGCUGCUCAGCCCGCCUGGGCCCGGAGCUGGGGGCGGCAGUGGCGCUGGGGGCAGCGGCGUGGGGGCCACCGGGGCCGAGCCCGAGCUCUUCAAAACCACCAACUUCACCAGCUUCAUCCGCCAGCUCAACCUCUACGGCUUCCGAAAGGUGGUGCUGGGUGGACCGGGCGCGGCGGGGCCAGGGCCUGGGCCUGGGCCAGGGGCCGGCGGACCGGCGGGCGACGGGCCACUCCACCACUUCCACAGCCCGCAUUUCCGCCGUGAUCAGCCGCAAUUGCUCGUGCACCUCAAGAGGCUCACCAGUGCCAACAAGGCCAAGCUGGCGGCCGGCCUGGAGGUGCCCUGCCGUCCACCCAACCGCUUCCAGAGGCUUCUCAUCACGUCAGCCUCCGCCUCGGCCUCGGCCUCCACCUCCCCACUGCAGCACCAGGAUCCGCCGCCGCCGCCCGCGGGGCCCCAGCCAGAGCCGCAUGGACCAGUGGCUGUAGGACAAUUUCACCGGUCAUUCCGGCGAGAUAGUUUGUCUCCUUAUUCCUACGUAUCAGCUUCAUCCCACAACCACAGUACUUUCCCUCUGAAAGGUUUAGAUCGGACCCCGAUUCCUCCAAGAACAUGGCAGAACUCCCUUGGAAUGCACCCUGGACAAGUGGACACAUCUCCUACUUUUUCAGAUAAAGGGGUUCCAUUUCCUGUACUGCAGAGGUUUCCAACCGAGGUUACCUAUACACUGCAGCCCAGUGCCACAUCUGUACAUGUUCAACAAGGCCCUCAAACAAUGGUCAGCUCCUCCCAAAAAUAUAGUAACUACACACCCUCAGCGCAGUACUCCCAAGCCUACUAUCCAACAGCUGUUCUACAGUGCUGCUCUCCUUCUACCCACAUGGACGCUCUAAGUAGUUGUGUCACUCCCACUGCCUCUUCCUACGCACACUGCAACUACUUCCAGAAUCCUCCAAUGCAAUCCUCCUAUCCAGCUGAAUUUUUGCCUUCUAAUUGGCCUUGCAGUGCUACUGAUGAAAAUAAAAAGACGGAAGUAAACCUAGAGGCUGUCUUUCAGAUAGUAGAUGAGUUGCAUUCCUCCCCUAAAUUGGAGAUGGUGAAGGUGGAACCUGUUGAGAAUCAGUGCCCAACAUCUCAGUCUAACAGAGGCCAACAUAUCCUAGCUAAUUCAAGCAACAGCAAUCCAUCAUCCACAAGUCAGGCUAGCCAGCUGGAGCCACUUACUCCUGUAGGCUCAGAUAUUACAUCUUUUGUGGUUGGAACAGAACAAGCAAUUACCUGCUCUCUACCACAGUCACCUGAGUACAUCUAUACCAUCCACACAGCUCAACCUGUGGAAAAUAGCACAAUGCAGGAAUCUGCAGCCAUACAACAAGCUCACGUCAAACUGAAGGAGCAGGUGGAUGCCAGUAUAAAAUGCCGGACCAGUCCACCUGAGAAUAUCUUGCCUUCAGAACAGAUGGGAUUCCUCGUUUCAGAAAUGGGGCCAGCUAGCAAAUCUAGUAAAGACACAGGUAUAUCCACUCCAGCCAGAUACAGAGAGCGAAGAAGCAACUCACAACAAGGAAAGUCCCUUGAUCUUCAUCUGCUGGUGGACGUGGCCUGCAAGCAGGAGCACUUUCCAAAGGAGGAAGAAUUAAAAGAGUGAGGAAUGGAUGACAAAUGUGACAUUGUGCACUAGCUGUAGCUGGAGGCAGACUAGUCUUGCACAUGACACACUGUUGGGAUUUUUUCAGUUCUGUUAAGGAAAAAAAUAUUUUUUGUUUUGUUUAUUGAGAAUUUUGUUAAUUGAAAAUUGGGAGUUUGGUAUUUACUACAACUGUUCAGUUCAGAUUGUUUACCUUGACAAACUACUAAACAUCUAGCAGCCUUUUUUUUUUUUUUUUGCUGCCCAGAUCCCUUUCAAAUGAAAAGUCCUGGCCUUCUGUUACAGUGAAGAAGCAUCUAAAAACUGCUGCAUCUAUGGUACUGGAGCAUAAUGUGUGCGUGCUGAGUUGUCUUGCCACUCUCAAACGGUAGUCAGCACAACUCCAAUGGGGAGUUCAGUCUGUUUCAAGUCACAGUGUGAUCCUUUUAUAGAAGAUUGUGUGAAAAACAAAGACACGUGAGGUCACCGAGAUCACAGGUCUAAAUGGGUCAGGAAUUCCAGGGAAGAAAUUCUGGUAAAGAGCUAAUUUUCCAAGUGAUUAACCAGGAAAUUCUCUUACUUCCUAACCUAGCAUUCUGUUCCAAGAGCAAGGCAUCCGGACUUAGACCAUCCAUCACACUUAACAGCCCCGAUUCUUUUAUAUUAAUGAGAGCAUUUUUCUAUUUUCAUAUCUUUCUUUAAUUUUAAUGAUACAUUGUCAUAAAUGAUAAGGUUUUGUUAAUAUCACUUACUUAAAUGUCUUCUAAAGAAAAAUAUUUAAAUUGUUUAAUGUAAUUGUAUUCAUAAAUGCUGGUAGAUUUAAAGGUUUUAAAGCUUUAUUUUUAUUAAUAUUGCAGGAUAGAAGGAUAAAGGAUGCAUAUGUAAUAUUUUUAUUUUGAAGGGGAAUGUACAAUGUGUGAACAAAAACAUUAAGAGAUUUUACAUAGUGUUUUCUUAUUUUAGAUUUUUAUAUUCAGCAAGUACAAAUCCUCAUAUAUAUAAGCUAUUGUGUACAAAUUCGGGGGAAAUCUGAUUAGUUGUCAUUUACCAGAAGCUGUGCUCCAGUAUUUUUUUCUGUAUAUAUCUGGUUUGAGCUUCUAAGAGAAUUUUAGAUAGUGGGAUGGACUAUAAUCCCCUCUAUAGGUUUCUACAUUUGAGUAGUAGGAUUGUGGGACUGUUAUGGAGAAGACAUCUUAGAUGUCCAUAUUCUGUGGUUGUUCCUUUAUUUGCCUGUCCAAUGACAGCAAGAACCUUUCUGAUUUAGAGUCUUUUAAAUUGACUAGAACUUUUCUGACUAUAUUAUGCCUUAGUUUUCCUAGUAAACAAAAGGAAAGCCUAGGAAUAUGAAACUAAUGAAAAAGGCAUUUAGUAGAUACUUUGCUAGACAUUGUGGAUGUAACAGUUCAUUUCUUAUAUUGCAUUGUGCCUUUCCAAUGAUGUCAAGCCCUAGAAGUAUUACAGAGAUAUGGCUCUUUUGGAAAAGGGUGAGCUCUGUAUUGGUCUGCAGUGACUCAAUUAAGAUAUGGUAGUAAGUUCUGAAGAGAUGUCUGGUUUUUCUGAUGUCCAUGUUAUGGGCAUUUAUUCAUCUUUAUUAGCAUGGCUUAAAAGAUGAACAAAUUAUCAAGACAUCUACAUUUUUUAGCCAGGCAGUAUAUUUUGGCAGAGUACAUGAAGAGGAGACCUUAUUUCCUAAUUAGAGAACUUUGCUUUUCUCUGUCAUAUUGAAGAGUUGGUGAAAUGUCUUAAGUGACACUCCUUCCCUUCAAUAUGCCUUUCUUAGCUUUAUAUAUGUUGAAAGAGAUAAUAUUAUUUGAGGAACAUGUGUCAAGCAGGAACCUUGGCAUAGAUUUGGUUUCAAUGGUUUUAAGGCUUAAUUAAUGAAAUGCCUUGAUCAGCCUUCCAAACUUUUUUAUAUAUGUAUACAACAGACUAAGGAGCUGGAUCUCCUGCUAUACUCACAUGCCUGGUACCUAUCAAAUAAAGCUAUCAUCAAUGACUUGGGCAAAAUGGCAAGAGGUAAAAUAAAAUCUUCAUGUGAAUUAGCCAGUAGGGUCUGACACAUGCUAACAAGGUUCCUGACUAGCACCUCAGUAUUUCAGCACCUUAAGCACGAUGAAUUUCAGUCAACAAUAAAGUGAGUGUUCCAACUA